AUGAUCAAGCCUCCAUACCCAAGUAUAUCCACCACCAACAACACAUCCGAACAAGUCAACUCCUCAUCCAUUCAUUAUUCCGAAUCGCCUCGUACGCUGAACAGUACAUUCGAUGCACCCACCGCAGAAGAAUUCAUAAAGUUCCAAAAUACGCUUCGAUCCACUUCGUGCCGCAAGACCAGCUUAGACCGUUCCGUCAGUCCCAAACUGGACAGAAGACCUUUCAAAGGGGCCCCUGUCGUCAUUUCCAAGGACACGAAACCACGUUUUCCACGCUCGCCAAUGUCGGCUUCGAUUUCUCUGAUACCGUUGCCGGUCACUGUGCUGCCUGUGGAUGCUACAGAUACAGAAGCAGUGUUGCAAUUCAUAAAUGCUACAGAUACCCUUGUAGUAGACGUGCGUCCGUUCAAUGCCUACUCAACACUGCGCUUGGCUGAAGCAAUCAAUAUUUGCCUUCCUAGCACGUUGCUCAAAAGAGCGAGCUUUGAUUUGGCCCAUGUAGUGAACGCUAGCACAAUUUCGCAAACACUCAAAGACACACUUCUUUCAAAGGGAAUGCAUUUUAAAAUUCUUGUCUAUGAUCAAGCCAGCGCUGCGCAAAAGAUAUCAUUGCAACUUUACCAUACCGUCCUGAAAUUUCUUGAGGGCGACUCCUUCCUGGUUGCCUACCUAGAUGGCGGCUUUGAGGCUGUCGAUGAUUCUUUGAAAGAAACCAUGCCCACACUGCCUGUCAAGUCUCCUGUAUACCCUCGGUCUACUCUGCCACGAAGCGACCAAUUUUCAGACUCAAGUGACGGAAUGGAAAACAUUCCUUUUUUGACUGGUUUCACCCUUCCAACUGCUACCAACUCGGAUGUUAAGUUACUCGAUUCGAUUAAAAAAACCUUGCCUCGCAUUGACACGAACGUCAAAUACACUCAUCACUUCAAGUUCCCUGAAAACUUUGCCGAAAAAAAAGAUAAGUUGCCCGGAUGGCUUCGAUUCAUUGCAGAAAGCUACGGCAAAGAAAAUUGCAACCAGGAAAUUGUUAAUCAUUUGAAUGAGCGGUUUAAUCGCUUGGAGGCAUCUGAGCAAGUUCGUUUAUCGCUUGCGAUUAAUAACACCGAUGGAAUUGCUCAGCGCUCAAGUUGCACUUCUCUCCAUGAUUCUUCAGGGUACGGAACUCCUUCAGAGUUGUGUCCUUGUUGUGAUGACAUUACCUACACAAUUCCAAAAGGAGUGGAGUACGGUUACAAAAACAGAUACAAGAAUGUCUGGCCUUAUGAGCACUCCCGUGUUCGUUUGAAGCAUUCGCCAUCCUGUAGAACUACGACACAUGAUGACUACUUUAACGCAAACUACAUUCACUUCGACGAGUUAUCCGACAACAGGUACAUUGCCACACAAAACCCUUUGGAAGCUACCAACGAAGACUUCUGGAACGCUGUCUGGUCCAAUGGCGUCCAAGCAAUUGUAUGCUUGGAUAACUCAAAAUCUUUGCACACCACUAAGUACUACGAGGAGGAUAGUCAAUACCAGAACCUCUCAAUCCAUAUUGAGCUGGCUGAGGAGCACACUGGGUUUACCUUUCGUAAAAUUAGCAUAAAGAAGCACGAAGAGGUACGUACGUUGUAUCACUUUGCAUACACCGACUGGCCCGACUUCGGCACUCCAGAUGAUUUGAACACCGUUGUGAACAUGAUGAAGUUGAAAGACGAGGUCUUGAGCCAGGAACGUAUUGAAAACGAUCAGAUCAGAUCUUGGGAGGUGCUUGUCCACUGCUCCGCGGGCUGUGGUAGAACUGGAUGCUUUAUCACACUUGAUAUGGUGGCAAGUCUGUUUGAGAACCUGAGCGAUAAGGCGCUUGAUCCGUGGGGCAGCGAAGAUUUAAUUUACAAGUCUGUUCAAUUCCAAAGACAACAGAGAAUCUCCAUGGUUCAAAACUUAGGGCAAUUUAUUUUCUGUUACGAAAGUGUCUUGAGCUAUAUAUUGGAGGAUAUGGUAUAA